UCCGGGUUUCCCUUCCUGGGCUGGGACAGUGGCGAGAGGCAAAAAAAGCUCCUGUUGAUUAACAAUAUUUCAAAGUUACUCUGAGGCUCAUCAGACAUCCAGUAAACAGUAGCGAUGUCUCAGUCUGGAGAAAAAGGGAAGUUCCCAGAUGCAGCAGGUUAUGUAGGUUUUGCCAACCUCCCAAACCAAGUGCACCGAAAAUCAGUGAAAAAGGGGUUUGAAUUUACCCUAAUGGUUGUAGGGGAGUCUGGUUUGGGCAAAUCAACGCUUAUAAACAGCCUGUUUCUCACUGAUCUCUACCCUGAACGCUACAUCCCUGGUGCCGCAGAGAAGAUAGAGAGGACGGUGCAGAUUGAGGCAUCAACUGUGGAGAUUGAGGAGAGAGGAGUGAAGCUUCGCCUCACUGUGGUCGACACCCCUGGAUACGGCGACGCCAUCAACAGCCAGGACUGCUUCAAGACCAUCAUCCAAUACAUUGACAAUCAGUUUGAACGAUACCUCCACGAUGAGAGCGGGCUGAACCGAAGACACAUAGUGGACAACAGGGUGCACUGCUGCUUCUACUUCAUAUCUCCAUUUGGACAUGGUCUAAAGCCACUGGAUGUGGAGUUUAUGAAGGCCAUCCACAGCAAAGUCAACAUAGUCCCAGUCAUUGCCAAGGCUGACACACUGACACUGAGGGAGAGGGAUCGCCUGAAGAGAAGGAUCCUGGAUGAGAUCGCAGAGCACGGGAUCAAAAUUUAUCAGCUACCUGACGCCGACUCUGACGAGGACGAGGAGUUCAAGGAGCAGACCAGAGUCCUGAAGGCGAGCAUUCCCUUUGCUGUGAUUGGCUCCAACCAGCUGAUUGAGGUGAAAGGGAAGAAGAUCCGUGGUCGUCUUUACCCCUGGGGAGUUGUUGAGGUGGAGAACCCUGAGCACAAUGACUUCCUCAAACUACGUACCAUGCUUGUGACUCACAUGCAAGACCUCCAGGAAGUAACUCAGGAUCUGCAUUACGAGAACUUCCGCUCAGAGAGGCUGAAGAGAGCGGGCAGGGCUGUGGAUGAGGAUGUGAUGGAUAAGGACCAGAUCCUGCUACAGAAAGAGGCUGAGCUGAGACGCAUGCAGGAGAUGAUCGCUCAGAUGCAGGCACAGAUGAAGAUGAAAUCGGACGAGUAAAAGUGUCAGAGCAGAAGGGAAGCACGGCGAGCACACACAAACACACACACACACACACACACACACACACACACACACACACACACACACACACUCACACACACAUACAAAUAUAUACAUACAUACAAUACAUAUACACACACACACCUGGUCCUCCUCUGAAUCCAUCCCUGACUGCCGCCACCCUGCAGACCCACUAGGCGUCCACCAUCACAUCAUCUUCAUCUGCUUCCAUCCAAACAUCCAUCCAUCAGCUGUUCAGGAGCUCACCGCACAUUUUGUUUUUUGUAAUUCUUCCUCAACAUCUUGUCAAGACUCCAUUUUGUUUGUAGUAGUUUGCUGGGUGGGACUGAACAAAAUUUUAAAAACGUACGACCACACAAAUAUUUGAAUACUUGAUGAUUAUCAUUGACAUGUAUCCGUUAUUAAGUCUUUGGUCUUAAUUAUGGUCCACGGAGCUGCCAGUGACAACGGUACUAGGAGGUUUUGCCAUCACUCUAACAUGUUUACAAAAAUAUAUGCACAAAUUGUGCACUUUGUUCAAGUCCGAGCUUCUGAUGACACAAGUUUCCAUUUAUUUUGCUAUGAGGUUAAGACUGUUUUGAACAUAUUUUAACUUAAAAGUAAAAAAAAAAACAAAAAAAAAAAAACAAACGGUUUGCUAUUGGUUUAUGAGUAAUUCAGAAGCCCAUCACCUUUACCUCUGGAUGGUUUCAGACCUUCAGUGCCUGUUUGCUUCAGUCUUAUAAUGCAAUAACUUAACUAAUAUUACCACAGUGUAAGUGUGGUUAUGAACGAGGUAAACUGUCCAUGUUGAGAACGAGGACUUAUGUCUAGUUUAUAGGCAAAAUAUUUGCCUUUAAUUGUGUUCAAUUAGAAACCUUAUUCUUUAGCCAGAAAUACAAACUUAAUUUAGGCGUUUCUUUGGCUUUUAGGCUGGAAAGUUACGAUAUGCAAGUCAUCUAACUAAUACCACUCGGUUAUAAAGAGACAUGUUAUAGUUGAAUGUGCCUUGUUAAUAUUUCUGUAUUUAUCAUUAGGAGCUGCAUCAUCUUAAUGUUGGUGCCAAACUACAGACUCAAAACUAAUUAAACAGUCCUGUAACUUAA